AUGGUUUUAGAUGGAUGUUUUAUCAGAAGAAGGCAGCACAAAACAAAAGAACCAAUUGGAGGCACCUGUGUAAAAUUCAAGUAUUCAGAUCUCCGGCACAUGACCAAGAACUUCUCAACAAGCUUGGCCAAGGAGGAUUCGGCUCUGUUUUCAGAGGCACCUUACCCAGAUCAACACAUUAAUCUGAUUCGUCUCCUCGGAUUCUGCUGUGAAGGCACAAAAAGAUUGCUGGUUUAUGAAUACAUGCCAAAUGGUUCUUUUGGAUCGUCAUCUUUUUCAACAGGAAAGAUUCUGACUUUUUGUCCAAAAGUUUCCGACUUCGGCAUGGCAAAGCUCAUCCACAGGGACUUCAGUCAGGUAUUAACAUCCAUGAGGGGAACUGUUGGUUAUCUUGCACCAGAAUGGAUUUUAGGCCAACCAAUCACACCGAAAGCUGAUGUUUACAGCUUCGGUAUGAUGCUCUUCGAAGUGGUUUCAGGCAGAAGAAACACAGACCAAUCUCAAAGCACAAACAACAAUUAUUUUCCGGUCUGGGCGGCAAGGAAACUCAACGAAGGUGAUGUUCUUAGCUUGUUAGAUGAGAAUUUUACACAAGACAGAAAUAUGGAGGAGCUGAGCAGAGUUUGCAAGGUGGCUUGCUGGUGUAUUCAGGAAAAUGAAGCAGAAAGACCAUCAAUGGGAGUCGUUGUCCUAAUGCUCGAGGGGUUGUGGAGGUGA